AUGGGCAAGUCUGAGUCACAGCAAGGGUGCAAGCAGCACCAAAAUGAGAAGCAACUGCCGGGGGUUUGCUCCUCUUGUCUGAGAGAGAAACUGUCGCAACUCAAUGCUUCAGCUUCAAACAUGAAAACAACCGGCGGUUUUGGAUAUUUUGGUUCUUCUUCUCCUAAUUCCUCUUCUGCUUCUUCAUCGAUCUUUGUGUCUCCGAUUUAUGGCAGGCAUCAUCGUAGGGCUUUGGAAAAGACGGGUUCUAGUAUUUCUUUGACGCUAAAAGUUGGUCACGAUUAUGGGCUGAAGAAAAGCAGAUCGAUCGCUUUUGUUUCGAGGAGUCUACACGAGGAGGCUGCCGGUAGUGGGAAGAAGAAAGGAGGGUUUUGGUCGAAGCUGCUUUGGUCUACAGGGAAGAGGACAAAAGAUGUUUUGAAGCAUUCAAGGGCUGAAAGCAAAAGGUUGGAGUAA